UCUCUGAGUGCCAGUCCGGCUCCUCUCCUGCCUCAGCGCUCGUUCGGGCUGUCUCCACAUGCCCGGUUUGGCCACUGUACAGCCAACACCACGCCUUUAAGCGCCUCUGGGCUGGCCGGAAUGACGCUGACUACCAAUACUACUGGCAGCAACAGCAGUAGUCUGGAUGACAGUCCCGACAGUAGCCUCCAUUGCGCCAAAAGUGGCAGCCGGUGUGCUGGUGGCCUGCAGCCGCAUGCCUACAAUAACCACACUUACCUUCACCAGCACCAGCACCAGCACCAACAAGUGUUUCCACCAGUCCGCAGCCAGCCUCUCCAGCCGCCAUCACAACAGCCUGCUCUCCCGGCGCAGCCGAAAAUGACGACCGGCCUGCUGUUUGGACAGACAAGUCCGCCGGACUACACGAAGCAGAGCCUCCGACACAACUUUUUCCCACAGGCCGGUAUGUGCCGAUACCCGCAUUCUGGAUCACUCCAGUGGUCUCGUCUCCUACCGCUGCAGCUGCCUCUGCCGCCUCCGCAACAGCUGAGCGCACUUUCGCCCACUCCGUCCCCACCGGCUUCCUACAACAUGCCCAUCCAACAGACCCAGCCUGCCGCAAAGCUGCCACAUCAGCCAGUCGCCAUGGCGACAUGUCCCGGCGAGGCGUUGACCACCGACUCCUCAUCUCUCGACCCCGGGCGACAACACUCCGGCGGACCGUUCUCGUAUGACUCCGUCGCCUCGGCCUCUUCCUCGUCUGCCUCGUCGCCACGCCAACGACCGGGGCAGGGAGAGGCGAACGCCGCCGCUGCCGCCGCCGCCGCCUUCGGCCAGCUGCUGCGGCCCGGGUUGGCCAGUCUCUCCGGCUUCUCGACCCGGUCGCCCCUGCCCAGCGCCCCUCCUUCGCUCGGCGCCGGUGUACCGCCCAAAGACGUGGCCACGGCGACGGCUGCGGCCGCCGCCGCCGCCGCCGCUGCUGCUGCCGCCUACAGUUUUGGGGUCGGAAGGCCGGGUUGCCGGGGCAAGAGUAGCCCGGCCAGCGCACCGGCCGGAGCAACCGGUCUGUCCUUCUCGGCCGGCUGGCCGCUCGGCUUCCUGUCGACGGCGGGUCAGAUGGCCACCAGCUCGGGCAGCAGUCCGGGCUCACAGGCGAGUCGAGCCACGUGA